AUGGCCACGGCGGCGGAAUCAUCGGAACCGGAGAUACCUCCUUCCCCUGUUAACCACCCCACAAUCACAACCACCCAACCCCAAACCCUAGAUGUAAAACCGUUUAUCGACUACGCUGUUGCCGAAGCCCUUUUCUACCAAAAGACCUUUAACGACGCCGUCGAAUCUGCAAUCGAUGCUUCAACAUCUCGUUUUUCUCAAAUUCGAUCAACCUCUUCAGCUCAUUUUCAGCAAACAUUGUACUAUUUGGAUGAUUUCAAGUCGCAGUACAAUGCUUAUGAGGAUAUUUUGUUUGGAAAAAUCAAAGAGGGUGUACAUGUUGCAGCUUCACAUCCAGUAAUCACUUGUGGAGCCACUGCUGCUAUGGGGCUUCUGGUCCUCAAAAGGCCCCGUCGGAUUUUGUACUCCAAUGCUAAGCGUCUUUUUGUUAGCGAAGAGGCUUUGGUUUCUAAAGCCAAUGCUGAAGUUAAAGAGUUGCGGCAGUCAAUUGAUCUUCUGAAAGCUGAAGUUGAAAGGAUGGAGAAGAGUGCAUUACAUGCAGAAGAACAAUUCUUACAUGGAAGGACAAAACUCAGACAAGCAGGAAAGCAAAUCCGAAAUGUGAUUCAAUCGGCAUAUAAAAUUGAGAGACAAGCAGGAGGUUUAAAAGAUAUCCUUGGAGAGCUCCCUAAAAGAGAAGCAUCUCACUUUCGGUCACAGGUUUCCCAACUUGCUUCUGAAGCAAAGCGAGAAAAGAAUUCCUUGGCCAAGGAGGUCUCUAAAAUUAGCAACUAUGGCAUCUCCGUUUGA